AACAUUUAGUUCCAGAUAGAUAUACUAAACAUAGUUUACUUUCUUGCAAUUCGAAUCAACAGCCAAUAAUAGAAAAGCCAAUUUGUCCAUAUUGUUGUUCGUCAUGUGAUCUAAUUAAAAAUUCUUUAGAUCAAUCUUGUUUAAAUGAUACACUGUUUAUAGUUAGUUGCCUAUUUUCUGCGGCAUUCAUCUCUUAUCCGGAAGCAAUUCAACGACGAGCCAUCAUUAAUUCAAAUUGUCAACAGAAUAAGAAAAAAACUUUCACAUCGUCGUCGUCAUUAUCAUCAUCAACUGUUACUUCAAUGGAUACAUUUAUUCUACAGUCAGCAUGUGAACAAAGUAGAAUACAAUUGAAAAUUUAUUUGAAUACUAUUCUAUUAGGUCCAGUUAAAUUGUCGUCGAAAACAUCAUCAACAUCACCGUCAUCAUCAUCAUCAUCUGGUAUGGAAAAUAUAUCUGACAAUGAUACUUUGGAUAUUUUAACAAAAUACACUAAUUGGUUCAAUGUUUUAAAUUUAGCCGCAUGUUGUUUACAACGUGUAUUUCUUCAGUCGACUCAUCAUACUCAUCAUCAACAACAACAACAACAACAGCAGCAGCGUAAAUCAAAUCUAUCAACGAUGAUGACAACAAUGAUGACGAUGAAACAGAGAGGGAAUAAAUUUGAAUGUUUCAAUGAUUUAAAAUUAUAUAUGAAUAAAUUAAAAAUUACCAAUGAUUGGUGGUCAGUAUUAAUGAAUAUGUUUGUAUGCAGUUUACGUGGUAUGUGGUUAGAUUGUGUUAGUAAUAAUAAUCAA